AUGGCCGAUCUGUCGAAGCCUGGCUAUGUGGCCUAUCCCGAAACGAACGGGAGCGGACCCGUCGUUGAUAACAUCAAGUCCGAAGCUGCUCGUACCGAACAGGAAUUCCGCGCAUUGAGGAACACUCGGUCGACAACUCCGGUCACCACUGCGACCGGCCAACCCCUGACUCACUACCACUCCCUGCUGUAUAGCCUUCUGAGCUGGGAACAACCCCGAGCCACCGCCGCUUCGUAUGCGACCGUCGUCACCUUCAUCCUGGCCGCCCGUUACUUGCCUCUCCUCCGCUGGGUUUUCAAAUUCUCUUACGUGGCUCUGGGGUUCACCGCUGCUGCGGAAAUCGGCGGCCGAAUUCUGUUUUCGCAAGGCCUUGUCAAGAACUUCCGCCCUCGCAAAUACUAUACUGUUCCCAAGGAGACUCUUGAAUCGGUGAUGGAAGAUAUCGAACAGCUUCUUGACUUUGUCUUGCUCGAGUUCCAGCGCAUCCUGUUUGCCGAAAACAUUGUCCACACCGUUGCUGCUUUCUUUGCCGCCUUCUCUGCCUACUGGCUGAUCAGGUUCUUGCCGUUCUGGGGACUCUCCCUCCUUGCUGCUACGAUCGCCUACUUUGGUCCUCUGGUCUAUAUGGACAACCGUGAGGUUAUCGACGCGCAGAUCGAACACGUCCAGGGCAUCGUGGAGUCUCAGGCCCAUCAACUGAAGGAUCUCGCCGAGGAGCGCGCUGCCCGCACAUCGGGAGUCAUCCAACAGUAUCUCAACGAUUACAGCGCCAAGGCACAGGGGCUUCUUCCAGGCCAGCGUCGCUCUGCGUCACCCGAGGUCGCCAAGGUUGCGCCUACUCCCACUCCCGUUAUCAAGAAGGAGCCCGAGCCCGAACCCGCUUUCACCUCUUCCGACUUCCCCGAGGCCCCCAAGACCGAGCCAGUGGCGGAAUCCAUCGAGCAGCCCCCUCAGGAGCAGCCCCCUCAGUACGAGGAGAAGGAACCUCUUCUGGCGUAA